AGUUUCAUUAUUUUUAAAAGCUAAGAAUGCAUUCACUUAGAGGGCAUUAACUUUACUAACUUAAUAUUAUGUGUUCACAACGUCAGUCAUAACUGUAUAAAUCUAAAUCUGUCAAUCAAAAGUCUAAACUCUGAAUAUCUAAAAUGCAAAAAAGACGUGUAUAUAGGGUAUCCACAAUGACUUCCUUUAGUUUUAGAUGUAAUUAAACCAUCAAAAGGUUAUUUUACUUUUUAAAACUACAUUUAAGACAUAGAAAUACAACACUCAUUACUAAUAUGGGGAACAACCUAUCUGGAUCACAAAAGAUUAUUAUGAUUUAUUUUUAAAUAAUGCACGCAAAUAUAUAGCGCAUCACGGGCCGUUGCCAUGGAUACAGCUGCGGGAUUUGAACUACAACUGUAGCGAAAAGCAACGUGGAGACAGCAAUUACCUGCACAGACAGCAUUUAUCUGCACAGACACUGAGAAAGAACGACAUUUCAGCGAAAUAACACAGACAAGAAGAAGAUACAGACUGGUAAGGUAGGGCGGGAUUCUCUGUGAUCACCGGAAGGUACAGUGAUCAUCCCUGAAACCGCCCCUCUUCGCUGGGAUCAGCUCUAACAACUGGGACGGUUUGGAUCCUACCGCCUGCGUGGUGCCCGUUUUCGUUAUUUUGCUAUUUUUUUAUUUAGUGUAAAGAGUAAAAUGUUUAAAAGUUUUAUUAAACAGAAAUUAGUUGUCAUUUAUUUUAAAAAUGACUCCAAUUAUAAAGUUGUCAAAGUUUUCACGUCAUUUUUUUACUUCAAGAAAGAACAUCAGGAAGAAGACACCUGAACAUUCUUUAACAACAAUCUCCUUGCAGUUAAAGGAUGGUGAGGCACGCGCACUUCAGGCGCCGGUACCUCAGUCAACAGGAGGCAGAAGAUCCGUCCGGACAGGACUUCAGCGGCAGGGAGCAGCAAGAGGAAUCCCUGAUCAUCAUGGAUCAGCAGGAAAUGGCUGCUUUCUUCGCACUGCUGGAUGAUGAUCUGAUCCAGCAUUUCCUCUGUAUGGACUCCUGCUACAUGGUGACCGACAAGUAUCUACUGGCGAUCACCUUCAUCUACUUCAAAAGAGCUCACUUCACGGCCAAUGAGCACACAAGGAUGAACUUCUUCAUCGCCCUAUAUCUCGCGAACAUGAUGGAGGAAGAAGAGACGGGGAACAGAUUUGAGAUCUUUCCCUGGGCCUUGGGAGGAAACUGGAGACGUCAGUUUCCCUCCUUCAUCAAGAAGAAGGACCAGCUCUGGGCCCGGAUGGAGUACAGGACUGCUGUCAGCCGCCACUGCUGUGAGGAGGUGAUGGCCAUCGUACCCUCCCACUCUCUGUGGAAUCGGGAGCGCCCCGAACAUCACAGCGGGGCCCAGCGGCACUACAGCGGGGAGGGCUUUCAGUGGCCCCGGGGCCCAUCCUCUGUACCCGUCGCCUGCACGCUCUGCAGCAUGACCGUCCGGACCCAGGAACCCCGUGCUUCUGACCACUCAGGGAGCCCAGAGUCCAGCGCACAAGACAGCGAAGCGGAACAGGAUGGACCCCUGAUCCGGAUCAAAGAGGAAAGAAGAGGCUCAAAGCGAACAUGGGAUGGACAGCUGAAGGAUCACAGUCGCUGUCCAGAUCCACAAGAAGGUCCAAGUCAUUCUGAUCCUGUUGCAAGACCUCAGGACCUUGGAUCUCCCUCUGUGGGCGUGCUGAAAGUGAGGAAGGUCACCGAGACGACGGGCCUGCCUAUCGGAUCUGCACCACACGUUGGAGCCCUAGUUCCAAGCUACAUCAUUUUGUACCCGGGAACUUUUUAUACAGCCCCAUUUCUGGUUCCCUGCUUCCUGGUCUGGGAUCUCAUCCAGUCAGCGGCCCAAGACCCAUUGGUCCCCUGUUGCCACGCCUCCCCCUUUGCCGAGUCCUCGUCUGUGUAGGAUUGACCCUUCCGACUUCCAGAACAUCCUGCUCCUCAUCCCCGACUAUGUUUAUUCCUUUCUGUUUUGAUCUUGGUUGCCCACAUCUAUAUUUAAACACAAUGUACUGUUGUAUGGG